AUGUUCCGACGAUCAACGCAAGGAGGUUGCAUAGAUGUGGAGAGAAGGGCAUUACUGGACAUCAAGUUCUCCCUUAUCAACUUAUAUGAUUCAAAAAGAGAAGAUAUUCUCUCCACUUGGAUUGAAUAUGGCAGUGGCAGCGAUUGUUGCGAUUGGGAGAGAGUCAAGUGCAACACAACCACAGGCCAUGUCACGGAGCUUUCUUUGUGCUAUUUGAAUGGCUUUUCAUACGAAGAUGGACGUUACAUGGAUGAAAAGGUUUGGCCAUUGAAUGUUUCCCUCUUUCUUCAUUUUGAAGAGCUAACAAGUCUCGAUUUGUCAAGUAAUCAUCUUGAUGGCGGAAUCAUGAAAACAGAACUUAAAAGGCUCUCGAGUUUGAAGAUGUUAGAAAUACUAGACCUCAGUUGGAAUUCUGAUAUUAACAGUGACAUCCUUCCAUCAUUGAGUGGACUCACUUCACUCAUAAGUUUAGAUCUUGGCAGGACUAGCAUGAACGGAUGUUUUCCUGCUAAUGAAUUAUCACAUCUGACUAACUUAAAAGAGCUAGAUUUAAGUGAUAGCGGGGUCAACGGCACACCAAAUAUCCAAGCUUGUAAAAGCUUAUCGAGAUUGAAAAGGCUGGAGAGUAUAGCUCUUUCAGAAAACACUCUCAACAAGAGCAUCAUAUCAUGCCUAAGUGCCCUCCCAUCCCUCAAGAUUCUUAAUCUUUCAUAUUCUUCUUCAUUGGGAGGCCCCUUUCCAGUCAAAGAAAUUCAUAAUCUGUCUGAUAUGAAAGUCCUCCUCUUCAGAGGUAAUGGUUUCAGUGGGACACUACAAAUGGAAGCUUUUGCAUCUUCCCACCAUCUGGAGGUCUUAGAUUUGAGUCACAACAAGUUUGUUGGGAGUAUCCCAUCAACAAUACAUGCAUUAUCUUUCCUGAGAGUUGUCUCAUUUGCUUACAAUCAACUCAACGGCUCACUACCAGACCAUGGGUUGUGUGAGUUGAAUAACCUCCAUGAGAUGGAUCUUAGUCACAACAUGCUCGAUGGAAUUCUGCCUCAAUGUUUCAACAAUUUAUCCAGUCUUAAGUUGUUGGAUAUCUCUUCAAAUCGAUUCACAGGGAAACUUGUGCCAUCACUCAUUGCUAAUCUCACGUCUCUCGAGUACAUUGAUUUUAGUCAUAACAAAUUUGAAGGUUCAUUCUUGCUUAGCUCAUUCUUCAAUCUUACAAAGCUUGAGGUAGUUGGAUUUAGAAGUGACAAUGACAAAUUUGAGGUUGAAACAGAAGAGCCUAUAGGCUGGAUUCCAUUGUUCCAGUUGAAAGUUCUUCAGCUAUCUAAUUGCAAUGUGAAUAGGCAUAAAGGACGUGUUGUUCCUGGGUUUUUACUUCACCAGCACAAGUUGCGUGUAGUAGACAUGUCUGAUAACUCCUUGAAGGGUCAGUUUCCAGAUUGGUUGAUAAAAAAUAAUACGAAUCUGAAUGUUCUUAAUCUAAGGAACAACUCUUUUGGCAGUAUGCUGCUGUAUAGAAAUGCUAAUAUGCAAGGGUUGGAUAUUUCUGGAAAUCACAUGAUAGGUAUUAUUCCUGAGGAUAUACACAAAAUCUUUCCGGACUUAUAUUAUUUAAAUUUGUCGAGGAACGCUUUAAGUGGUGCUAUCCCAUCUUCGGUUGGUGAUCUGAGAAUAUUAGGGGUACUGGAUUUAUCUCAUAACGAGUUAUCAGGAGAAGUACCAAAGGGAUUCUUUACAAAUCUCUCUCAGUUGAGGGUAUUAAAACUAUCAAAUAACAAAUUUCAUGGUCAGGUACUCUCAGGAAACUUAAGCUUGGGUAACAUGGAAAGGGUUCACUUAGAUAACAACCGUUUCACGGGGAAAUUUGGACUUUGGAGUAAGGAAAUAUUGCUUGAACUUCUGACUGUUCUAGAUAUUAGCAAUAACUUGUUUGAAGGUAUGAUCCCUGUUUGA